AUGCGGUCGCCAUGCAUUGCGAUGCUCUUCAUGAACGCAGCCUCGCUGCGCCCCAGCCUGCGACGACCGCGUUUGCGGGGGGCAUCAAGCGCAGCCGCAGCGACAUCAGAGGAUCUCCUGGCGGAGGCGGCAGCACUACGCCGCGAGGCGAACGCGAUGGAGGCGGCCAUGGAGGCGGAGCUCGCACCGCCGCCCGCGCCGGAGCCGCCGGCGCAAUCAAAACCGAAAACGGUCGCGGGAGUCUCUCCCUCGGAAGCCCUCGAGUGGACGGGCUCCGCGUUCGCGGGGGCUAUCGAACUCGUGCAGGAAGACGGAUCCAAGCGGAGGACCCCAGCUGAGUGGUCGCCAUGGUACGGUGCCGGGAAGUCGGUCGUCUUCCAAAGAGAACUGACUUUGCCGCUCGGCGUCAUCCUCGAGGAAGGGGGUGGCGGCAGUAUUGUCGUAGCGGAGGUGAGGCCGGGAGGCUCGGGGGAACAAAGGGAUAUAAGGCCGGGCGACGUCCUGCGCGCGUGCUCCGCGAUUUCGUCGACGAUCGUCUACGGCAACGCCAUGUUCCCGCUCGACGGCGCGAACACGAAGUGGCGGCGGACAUUAGCUCCGUGCGACAUGCAGCCCUUCGAGACCGUGAUGGAGCAGAUCACGUCGAACGAGGGGACGGUGCUACUCGUCCUCGAGCGGGAGAAAUAAAUCAACUAAAC